AUGUACAACGGCAUUGGAUUAACAACACCUCGAGGAAGUGGAACAAAUGGUUAUGUUCAACGGAAUUAUAGCGCUAUUUCUCAUCACAAAGAAAGAAAAAAAGAUCAUAGAUCAUCGGAAAAGAAAGAUUUGUCAAAAAUCAAAACAGAAAAUGUUGAGUUGAGAUUGCAUGAAGAAAAGAAAAAAGUAGAAAUUGAAUUAUUUAAAUUAAAAUCUGAAUUGUCAAAAAAAGGGGAAUUAACUCCCGAAGAAAUCGAAAACAAAAUAUCAGAAGAGCGUAAAAUUAGAAUUAAAAAGGUUGAGGAAAAAUUUAAAUCUUCCAACACAGAUCAAUCAGCAGCAAACGAAAAUUCUAAAGCAUCGGAGUCAAGUGUGUCUUCACCUAAUCAGAAAAACGAGCAGUUCAAAAAAGCUCUCAAACUAGAUCAACAUUUUAAAGAACAUGGCAUUGAAAACGACCAGGAUGCGCAACUUGUUGCUUUUGAUUCAAACAUUAGAAAGUCGUUUCUUAAACGGAAACAUAACGAAAAAAGUGUGACUGAAAAGAAAAAGCGUAAAAAGUCAGAAAAGAAAACCAAACAAGAUUCUUCAAGUAGCAGCAGUGACAACACUUCUUCUUCCGAAUCCGAAGAAGACAGCUAA